UACACAGUUCCGUGCCCGACUCGAGAGACGAGGACAUAUGCUCACAGUACACGUACCCUUCCGACGUGGCCCAGCGGCCGCCGUAGCGCUUGCAUGCUUGCACACGUAGCACGGGCAUACAGUACACGCAUGCGCACUUACAAAACAGCGGUCGAGGAAUCGGCCAGCGAGAGACACGCAAGUAACACACGCCCUUUGCGCAUCGAUACAGGACGCGUGCAGCCAUGGAGCGGAGGGCGAAGGCAAGCGAGGUCGACGGCACGGCUGCCCACCGUGGCGCGCCACGCGAGUUCCUGGGUGCAGACACGGCGGAGAAGCAACGAGGUGGAGGCGACGACGUCGUCAACGAUGGUGGCGGCGCGGCGAAGCUAAAGGAGGACGAGAAGCAGAAGACGGCGGCGGAGGGGGUGAAGCCGCUGCCGCACAAGCAGGUUCCGCAGCCUAGCGAUGUGUACAACCCGGAGCUCGAGCGCCUCUGAGCUGAAGCUCAUUUAUAUACCGAGUAUUAUGUCGCUUGCAUCU